AUGAUUGCUGUCGGUAUGUCUGCCUUGAAUAGGCCGAUAUGGUCUAAGCUAAGAGAGGAGAGGAAUCACUUACUGGUCACUUCUGGUAACGUGUUCCAUGAGGGAGGACUCGCCGGUUCUUUGAUCAGCUUUCAUCUGGUUGGAACUAUUGCAUUCUUCGUCAUGCAAUCACUUGGUAAAAUGGCAGCAUUGAUCUCUAUUUCUGGGUCAUUUAUUGAAUAG